AUGGUAAAUGAGAAUUGGGCAUGAGUAGUUAGUAGCAUUCCUACCGCUCAGCAAAAAUUUUAUUUUGCUAAAAGCAAACCAGUUUUAGCAGGCAAAAGUUAUUACAGAUUCCAAGCGGAUUUAAAGUGCGGGUGCCCACUAAAUAUGAAGUCUCUAGGCUGCAGCUGCACAUGGAGGGAGCAUUCGAAAAAUGGUGUGUGGCUGUGGGCCGUGGUGGUGCUUCAUGUCAGAGCCUUUGGUCUCAUUGCGUUGGCGAGCAUGGCAAAGCCGGGCUGCGAGGAGCGAUGUGGAGAUAUGGAAAUUCCAUACCCUUUCGGGAUGGGUGACGAGGGUUGCUUCGUGGAGGGCCUCGACAUAACCUGCAAUCGCUCCGUCGUGCCCCCAAAGGUCCUCUUAGGAAAAGGAAACCUUCAAGUGCUCAACAUAUCGCUCGCGAACGCUGAGGUCCGAGUGAACAACACUCGAUCACUUUCCUACAGCUGUUACAAUGGAAACAGAACUAGCGGCUAUGUGACACUCCCGGAAAAUCUACCUUACACUUUUUCAAAUAAGACUGUGUUCACUGCCAUCGGGUGCGACACCGUGGGCUAUGUUACUGAUAAUGAUAGCUUCACCAGCGGGUGCGUUUCUCAGUGUAUGAACCGAAGCACCGUGGUGAACGGGUCGUGUAAUGGAAUCGGGUGUUGCGAAACAACGUUGCCCAAGCACAAGAACUACCUCCGUGUGUCUGCUACUAGUUUGAGCAACUACACAUUGAGUAAGGAGUACAGUUGGUGCUCCUAUGCCUUCCUCGCAGAGCGAGAGAGCUACAAUUUCAGAGGAACGGAUCUUCGACUAUUCCUGAGCAAAGCAGAUCUUGCAAUUGUGCUGGAUUGGGAAAUAAGGAACGGAAGCUGCCUGUCGACUGCGAAUUCUUCAAGUAUUCCACAUGUGUGUGGGGAGAAUGCGGAGUGCUUUGAUUCCGAGAGGGGCAUCGGGUAUGUGUGUCGUUGCAUCAGGGGCUAUGAGGGGAACCCAUACCUCAGUGGAGGAUGCCAAGGUAUGGACUCACUCUCUCUUCCUCCUCCCCCUCCCUUUCCAAACUAAAACCCAACUCUGCUCGACCCGCGGCUAAGCCCGAAUCUCAGAUACUUGGUCGAGUCUAAGUGGACUCGGCCUAAUAGAUUAUUUUUAAGAAAAACUGCAAAAAAAUCCCAACAAAUGGGAAAAAAAAUUGGUAAAAGAUAAAUUAGGUUGGGGAGAGAGCAUUCGGGAAGAGUGAAUUUCCACUCGCUUUAGAGAGAAAGAUAUGA